AUGAUUACAGAAUUGAGAUACGAUCUCGUUCUCAACAUUGCAAAAGAUAUUAUUGUUCAACUCAUUAAUAAUGAUAAACGUUACAAAAGAACACCAAGCAUACAAAUUUUGGAAAUUCUUGCAGAUACAGAUAGUGGUGAUCGCUCGGCUUUACAGGCAAUUCAAUCUAGCUGGAGCAAUUUGCCACCAAGUUGGAAGGGUUCUGAUCCUUGCGGCAGCAACUGGGAAGGAAUUGUUUGUAAUGGUACACAAGUAACUUCUUUGAUGUUAGCUGGCCAAGGUAUAUCUGGUAACAGCAUUUCAGAUGUUACCGGGUUAACUCACUUACAAUAUCUGGAUCUUUCCAACAAUGUUGGUCUAAGAGCAACUCUUCCACCCUCGAUCAGCAAUUUGCAGAACCUAACCAUAUUAGUUUUGGUUGGAUGCAGCUUUUUUGGUCCUAUACCUGACUCAAUAGGAUCUCUGCCGAAUCUAAUAUACAUAUCCUUAAAUUCGAAUGGGUUCACUGGACCGAUUCCAGCUUCUAUUGGAAAUCUUGCGAACCUUUCAUGGCUAGACCUGAGUGACAACAAACUCAAUGGAACCAUUCCAGUCUCGAGUGGAACCACACCUGGUUUAGACAAGCUCUUCAAUGCCAGACACUUCCAUUUGUCAAAAAAUCAGCUCUCUGGCGCAAUACCGCCCCAGCUAUUCAGUCAAAACAUGAAACUGAUACAUGCGAUUUUGGACAACAAUCAGCUUACCGGAAGCAUACCUGAUUCACUGUUUUCUGUGAAUACUUUGGAAGUUAUACGUCUGGACUUCAACUCUCUUAAUGGAUCAGUACCAUUACCUUUGAAUAACCUUACAAAAAUCAGUGAGCUGAACAUGGCUAACAACAACCUGAGGGGACCGGUACCCGACUUUACAGGCAUGAAUGGACUCAAUUUUUUGGACAUGAGCAACAACAGUUUCGAUCCAUCUCCUUUCCCAUCCUCGCUUUCGAGCAUCCAAUCCUUGACAACAUUAACGAUGGAGAACACAAAACUCCAAGGAGAAAUUCCUGUUAAUUUCUUCAGCCUUCCCCAGUUGCAGACAGUGACAUUGAGCAACAACCUCUUGAAUGGCACGUUGAGCAUUGGGAACAGCUAUAGCAGCAGCUUGGAACUUGAUCUGCGGAACAAUUUCAUCACUGACUUCCGGCAAAAAUCAGGAUAUAGUAUUGAGUUAGAUCUUGUUGGCAAUCCAAUUUGUGGGGGAAAUGGAUCACCACAGAAAUUCUGUGUGGUAGAAACUAAUAACAAUUUCCUUGCACCAUUGAAUAAUUGUUCCUCCAUCUCCUGUAGUUCGGGUCAAAUUUUGAGUCCUAACUGCAGAUGUGCAUAUCCAUACACAGGAACUAUACACUUCUUUUCUCAUACAUUCUCAGAUUUAAGCAACUUUACUUACUACAGAAGCCUUCAAGGUACCCUAAUAUCUGUUUUGCGAUCCGAUGGACUUCCUGUGGAUUCCAUUAACAUUAGUGAUCCAUCAAUCGAUGUUUACUCAUACCUCCAAUUCAGAAUACAAAUCUUCCCCUCCCUCCAAGAAAAUUUCAACCGAACAUCUGUUUCUACCAUUGGCUUUUUGCUCAAUCGACAACCUUUCACACUCGACUACUUUGGACCAUUUUACUUUCUUGAUGACAAGUACGAACAUUUUGCAGGGGAGAAAAAAUCAUCGCAUACUGGUGUCAUUGUUGGUGCAACAGUAGGUGCAGUCGCGGUUUUCCUUCUAAUAUUGGGUGGUUUAUUAUUUGUUUGGAGGAGAAGUAAAAGAAGAGAAGAAAUGAUAAGUAAACCUUUUGCAUGUUGGCAACUCGAAGAUGGAAAUGGCGACGCGCCACAGCUUAAGGGAGCCAGAUGGCUUUCGUUUGAUGAGCUCAAAAAAUGUACUGACAGUUUCUCAGAUUCUAACUGUAUUGGAGUUGGGGGCUAUGGAAAGGUUUAUAAAGGAACACUUGCAUCUGGACAAGUAGUGGCAAUCAAACGAGCUCAACAAGGUUCAAUGCAAGGUGCUGUUGAAUUCAAAACGGAGAUUGAGCUUCUAUCAAGAAUUCAUCAUAAAAAUGUUGUUGGUCUUGUGGGGUUCUGUUAUGAUCAAGGAGAGCAAAUGCUGGUCUAUGAGUACAUUUCAAAUGGUACUCUACGAGAAAAUCUCUCAGGAAAAUCCGGCACUUGUUUAAACUGGAUGAGGAGACUAGCGAUCGCCCUUGAUGCUGCACGAGGCUUGACUUACCUGCACGAGCUCGCUAAUCCUCCUAUCAUACACAGAGACGUCAAAUCAAACAACAUUUUACUGGAUGAUCACUUCAAUGCGAAAGUAGCUGAUUUUGGGCUCUCAAAGCCGGUAGGGGAUGAAGAUAAGGGCUACAUUUCCACUCAAGUAAAAGGGACAUUGGGAUAUAUGGAUCCAGAAUAUUACAUGACACAACAGCUAACUGAGAAGAGUGAUGUCUAUAGCUUUGGAAUUGUACUUCUUGAACUCAUGACCGCACGAGCGCCAAUAGAACGAGGAAAGCACAUAGCUAAAGAAGUACAAGUAGCAACGAAUUAUGGUAAAGACACGACUUCCUAUUCCGAUUUUGUAGAUCCAAAACUUGCUGCAGAAGGGAAACCAGGGGGAUUGGAGAAGUUUCUUGAGCUAGCAAUGAGAUGUGUCCAGGAAUUCGGAUCCAAUAGGCCAACAAUGAAUGAAGUAGUCAGAGAGAUUGAGAACAUCAUUCAGUUGGCUAGUUUGAGUAAAAAAACUUCUGAAGCAGAUCAAAGAUUUCGAUUACAGCGAUUGGGGCUUUUGAAGGCCAUUUGCAUUCAGGAGAGAAGCCGAGGGUCAUUGUAUGACUUGACUGCCAUACGAUCUCUUCAAAGUUUGUGGCAAAACACACCACCAAAUUGGUCUGGCUCAGAUCCAUGUGGAGCCAAAUGGGACGGAAUUAGCUGCAGCAAUGAUCGCAUUGUCGCCAUAACGUUAGCAAGCUUGGGCUUGGCUGGAACCCUCUCAUCAGACAUUGCUGGUUUAUCUGAAUUGCUGACUUUGGAUUUGUCAUACAAUCCAGAACUGACGGGAGCUCUUCCUGAUGGGAUUGGAAACUUGGCAAAACUUACUAGCUUAGCUCUCAUCGGUUGUAAUUUCAACAGCCCAAUACCAGAUACCAUUGGAAAUCUCAAGCAGCUACAAACUCUAUCCCUAAACUCCAACAAAUUUAUUGGACCAAUACCAGCUUCGUUUGGUAAACUGCAAAAUCUUCAUUGGCUGGAUUUAGCUGACAACAGACUUUCUGGUAGCAUCCCGGUCUCAAAUGCAACUUCACCUGGUCUUGAUCAGCUUCUCAGUACAAAACACUUUCAUUUUGGCAAGAAUCAACUGUCCGGAAACAUACCCUCACAACUCUUCAGUGCAAAUAUGUCACUGAUUCAUUUGUUACUGGAUAGCAACCAGCUAACUGGAAGUAUCCCUGACAGCCUUGCACUUGUACAAGCUCUUGAAGUGGUACGCCUUGACAAGAACUCAUUAAGUGGACAAGUCCCAAGAAACCUCAGCAACCUCCAAAAACUUCAGGAGCUGUAUUUAUCAAACAAUGAUCUGGCAGGACCGCUGCCUGAUCUCACUGGCAUGGCUUUGCUCAAUUACCUGGACAUAAGCAACAAUACAUUUAAUGCCUCAGGUUUUCCUACUUGGUCUUCGACCUUGCAAUCUCUUACAACUCUAGUGAUGGAAAACACAAAUCUUCAGGGACAAAUUCCAGGUGCACUUUUCAGCCUUCCGCAGCUGCAAUCUGUAAUAUUAAAAAACAAUCAGCUGAAUGGGACCUUAAGCAUUGACGCCGGCUCUGACCUUCAACGCAUUGAUCUUCAGAAUAAUUACAUUCAGAAUUUUACCCCAAGUGGUAACUAUCACAUUCAAAUCAUACUUGCUGAAAACCCAUUUUGUCAAGGCGGACAACAAAAUUACUGCAUCAUCAUUCCUCCAAAUCCCAAUCUCUCAUACCCAACUUCAAGUAAUAAUUGUUUUGCAGCUCAAUGCAAGCCUGAUCAAACAGUUAGCCCCAAUUGUAUGUGUUCAUAUCCAUACGCAGGCACCCUAUUUUUCCGAGCUCCUUCAUUUUCAGACUUGGGGAACCAAAGCCUUUAUGAUUCACUGGAACGGACAAUGAUGAUCGCACUUACAUCCGAACAGCUACCGGUGGAAUCAGUUAUAGUCUACAAUCCAUCAAAAAAUUUAGACAAUUAUCUCACUUUCAAUCUUCAAGUCUUUCCGUCUGCCCCAUAUCAUUUCGAUUAUGGAGCCAUUUCUAAACUCGCUUUCUUCUUUAGCAAUCAAAUUUACAAGCCACCCGAUACUUUUGGCCCCUAUUAUUUCAUUCCUCACAGCUAUCAGAACUUUGGUGGGUCAAACCAGUUACACGUUCGAACUGGUAUCAUUGUUGGAGCAUCAGUUGGGGGUUCUGUCCUAGUUUUAUUGUUAGUUAUAGCUGGAGUUUAUGCUUUCCGCCAGAAAAGAAAAGCCGAGCUGGCUGCUAAACAAAUUGACCCCUUUGCAUUAUGGGACUCGACUAAAACCAGUGGUGGAGUUCCUCAGCUAAAAGGUGCACGUAAUUUCACAUUUGACGAGGUUAAGAAGUACACAAAUAAUUUCUCAGCAGCUAAUGAUCUAGGCUCUGGUGGCUAUGGCAAGGUGUACAGAGGAGUUCUUCCCAAUGGACACUUGGUUGCCAUUAAAAGGGCUCAGCAAGGAUCUAUGCAGGGUGCUCUUGAGUUCAAAACUGAGAUUGAGCUUCUCUCCAGGGUUCAUCACAAGAAUGUUGUGAGUCUGGUGGGUUUCUGCUUCGAUCAGGGUGAAGAAAUGCUAGUAUAUGAAUUCAUUCCAAAUGGCACGUUGCAGGAUAGUCUUUCAGGCAAAUCUGGAAUCAGGUUAGACUGGAUGAGGCGACUUCGUAUAGCCCUGGGAGCCGCAAGGGGAAUACAGUAUUUGCAUGUUCAUGCUAAUCCUCCAGUUAUACACAGAGACAUAAAAUCUAACAAUGUCUUACUGGAUGAUAAACUGAAUGCCAAAGUCGCUGAUUUUGGUCUGUCUAAGCCUGUGGGUUCACCAGGCCGGACUCAUGUGACUACUCAAGUUAAGGGAACAAUGGGCUACAUGGAUCCUGAAUAUUACAUGACUAAUAAGCUGACAGAGAAGAGUGAUGUGUAUAGCUUUGGAGUGUUACUACUUGAGCUUAUAACAGCAAGACCACCAAUUCAUAAAGGCAAAUACAUCGUCCGAGAAGUGAAGCAAAUGAUGGACAAAACCGAAAAUCUGUAUAACCUUCAAGACAUCAUAGACCCUCUCAUUGUCUCCAAUGCUGCUCCUGAAAGUUUGGAGAAAUACGUGGACCUGGCACUAAAUUGUGUCGAAGAAGAAGGAAUUCAUCGACCAACAAUGAGCGAGGUGGUGAAACAGCUCGAGAACAUCACGGAACUAGCCGGGAUGAACCCAAAUGCCGGAUCAGCAUCAACUUCAGAAAGCUUUGAAAGAGCAAGCAGAGGAUUGAGACAUCCUUACAGUGAUGAAAGCCUUUUUCUUUACAGCGGGGCAUAUCAUCAUCCAAGGGUGGAACCAAAGUGA